AUGGCCGCUUGUGGCCGAGCUCUGCCGUCGUCUGGAUACACGCCUGGCGUCGCAUGCAGCCCCGCGCGACUCCAGAAAGAUGGCGCUCCGGAACCUGCAGGCCUCUCGGAGGAUCCCCUGCUCUGCCUGCUGCAGCAGGAAGAGCGCCGAGUCGCUGCGUACGAGCACGGCGUCGACGCGCUCCUCGCUUCGCUGCUGUCUCAGCGGGAGUUUCGGCGCAAGCAGGCGCGCCUGGAGGCGGAACUUCUUGCAGACUUCCAGUCGCAGCAAACCCAGCUGGCGAGAGCGACGCGACACGUCGAGAAACAGCUGAAACAGGUUGAGGCCCGCGUCACGGCCAUGAACGGCGUCGUCGUCCAACUCGAAACCGAGCAGCGCCACUUGGAGGAGGCGAAAGAGAUCGUCGAGGGCAUUCUCGAACUCCGAACACUGAAAGACCAACUGAGUGCCGCGCUGAGUCGGCCGAACCUGGUGAACGCCACGGAGGCGGCAUGUCGCUUCCAGGAGAUCCGAUCUUUCUUCGCGCUGGUCGACGGGAAAUAUGCCACGCAGCCUGCGGCCUUUUCGCUCGCGUCCGCUUCCCAGGCGGCUCUGAGCCCGCCCCCGCGGCUGUGCACUGUGGAGGCGGCGGCGCUGCAGCAGCUGCAGGAGAUGCAGGCGAAGUUGCUGGAGCUGCUUUUCCGUCGGCUCUCGGCUGCAUGCGCGAGCGCCGCGCGGGAGCAGCGCGAGGCGCGCGAGGCGCGCCGACGCGGCGUCUCGAAAGCCGAGAGUGAACGCGAGGCUCCCCACGAGGCGCGCAGGGGAGAUCGCUCGGGCCGCAGUCAGGAAGAGCCUUCAGAGGUUCGCGCUUCCCAAAAGGGCGAGUGGCGCAGAGAGCUCGUUGCCGCCUUCUCCUCGUUGCGCGCCCUCAACCUCCACCAGGACGCACUGCAGCGCUUCGCCGACCAACUGCGCUCGCAACUCGCUGACAGCGCUGCGCGGCGAUUCAAAGCGCUCCUGCAGCUGCAGAAACGGUCGGCGAGGCCGCAGGCCUCCGGCGACGAGUGGACUGCCACCGAGCCGCCCGAUCUUCUGCUCCACCACGCGGCCUUGGAGCAGCUCGCGGCCGAGGUCGCUGACGUGAUGCGUUGCCAAGUGAAGGCGCUCGAGUCGGCAGCGGGGACUCCUCCUGCAUGCGGCAGAGGCAACUGGAACGCAAGCAGAUCUGGCGAGGCUGCGGCUGCCGGGCUCUUCUCGAUCGUCGCGCUCCGUCAAGAGACGGAUAUUCAGAGUGUGCGCAUCCUCAAUCAUUUCUCUGACUACAACGAAGACAUCCUCGCCAUGAAGGCAGGGGACAAGCAAACGGCGACAAGUCUCCGUCGCGUGGACUGCGUUUUGUCGGAAAUCAUCUCGCUUAGUGCGCGGUGCAUGCGCCUCCAUCGGCGCUUCAAACUCGCGGCGUCCCGGCGAGGCUCGUCCCUCCUGCUUCAGCAGGCCGAGCACCUUCCUGCGGGACCCAACGCCGCGGCGCCUCAGACUCGCGUGGAGUCGCUACGUGCAAAACCAGGACAGGGACGAGGCUCGGCAUCCGGCGCAACGCUCGUCGAGUUUGUGCGGCAGUGCUCGGCGUGUGCCGACGCGACUUUCCAAGACUCUCUCUUGAUGAAGGGUCGCGAGGAGCUCAUGGCGCACUAUGUGUCCCUCGAGAACGCCUUCACCAUUGGCUCGAUCGACCAGGCGUUGAACGUCGCGGACGAGGUUCCCCUGCAGUCUGCGUGGGAGGCGGAGCACGCGCAGGGCGCCGGCGGCUCGGCAGUUGCGGGCUUCUACGAGGGGCAUGGCGGCUGUCAGUUCUCGCCGUGGGCGGGAGGCGCGUCCGUGCCGGAAAAGGACGAAGACGACGAGUGCUUCUACUCGACGGUCGUCGAUGACGUAUUCUUCAUCCUGAACAAAAGCGUUUUGCGCGCCAUCGGCAGCCUCGACGUCCUCGCCGUCUGCGCUGUCGUCAACAACGUCUGCUCCGUCCUCUCUUCCGAGGUGAAGGCGAAGCUUCGAGGCAACCUCGAAGAAAGCAAAACGUACUACGCGAACUACAUCCGGCUCGAGCCUCACGCGCUGCGUUACUCUCUGGCGGAGAGUCUGCGAGAAGUUUUUGAGCGCCAGGAAGGCCCGCCGCCCGAGAGUCUGAGUUCAUCUUACAGCUGGCCCCACAGCGUCAACAACGUGUCCUUAGCUGUAACGACGCUCAAGAAGUUCAAAGACCGCGUGGCGCGCGACUUCACAGAAACCUUCUUGCCUGCGUCUAGGAAAGAGGCAGAAAGGCAGCGCAGGAGACGCGGGAAAGAGAAGAAACAGGAAGGUGAAGGUCGCAGCGAGGACUGCGGGCCGAGUCACAGCCAAGGCGCUGGAGAGAAUGACGGGGAGCAGCCAGCUGAAGGCUUGUCUGAAGCGGACGACAGCGAGGAAGAAGAGGCGACAGACGAGCAGACCGACGACGAUUUCGUAGAAGAGGAAACGGGGAAACGGGAAGGCACUGCACCAGCUGCCGCGCCGAGUGUACAGGCAGCGGACCAGGGGGGAGUGAAGGAGCCGAAAGCCGCGCAGGGAGGCGCAAGCAACAAUUUAAUGAUGUUCCAAUACACCCUACAGGCAAGUGGGCCGCGAUUCCAAACCCAAAAAGGCAGCCAGCGAGAAAGAAAGGCAUAUAAAUCCAAAAGUGCGGUCGACGGAGUCGUCGAAGAACUUCAGAACCUCCACGAGCGAUCCUGCCGAGUGACUCUCAAGUUCCUCCAGCCCCACCUUCACCGCGCCUUAGACUCUCUCCACGAUGUUGUCUUUGAGAUCCACGAACGAGCCGGCGAAGGGGAAGACGCGGGCGCAGGACGAAGGAGCCCGCAGAUGGAGGAACCCCGUCUCGGCCUCCUGGAUGGCGGAGGUGUCGGCGACGAGCGCCUGCAGGAGCGCUGGCGGCUGCAGCUUCAGCGAGGCCUGGCGAUUAUCCUCGCGCAUAUCGGUCGGGAGUACGACCGUCCGACGCAGAAUCUCUGCUGCUCCCUCCUUUUGCAGGUGCUCGCCACCAAGAUGGAGACGCUGCUCCUCGACAAGACCUACACGGCUCUGGGCGGCCUGCAGCUGAGCGCGCAGCUCCGGCGUUUCCUUCAGCAAGUUUCUGCGCUUCACCACGCCUCAGGGCCCGUCCUGGGGCACGGCGUCCAGGCUCCUCUGGCGGCGAGGGGACACCCUCUCGACUUUCCAAAUUCCGUCUUUCGCAAUGGAGGCUCGGCGGUCGACGCCGGCGCAGGCCUCUUUGGUGCACUCGCCGCUGCCGCCGCUGGGAGCACAGCAGCUGCGGUUGGCGAGCAGGCUUUGGAGGAGGAGGGCGAGGGAGCUCUGGCGAAAGUCAAGAUCUUCUGUGACACGCCCAUUCGGCCUAAAUUUGGCCGAGUGCUGGAACUCAGCGAACUGCUCAGCCUGGGGAGCCUAGAGGAGCUUCUCGACAUUUGGGGCCCGUCGUCCGGGAAAUUCUGGCGUCUCUCUGUCGACGAAAUGAAGAAGGUCUUGGAGCGUCGCGUCGAUUUUACCAGAGAUGAGAUCGAGGCCUUCUUCCACAUGCACCAGGGGAAAUGA